GCCCAGUUUAUACCUUUGGUUUGGUUACCUGAUAUCUAUCCAAAACCAGGAGUUAUAAUGUCAGAAAUCGUUGAAAAAUCCAAUCCCAAACUAACAGUGGCAGAACACACAAACUCAUCAUCAACAGGAGAGUUGCAGAAUGUUCAGGUAGCAUAUGGGCUAAAUAAGAAAAACUACUUGAAGUGGUCUCAAGCUGUUCGAACCUUUCUAAAAGGGAAGGAUAACCUGAGUCAUCUUCUGGGAACUAGACCGAAGUAUGAUCCAAGGAUUCCAUGGUAAUGUCUUGGGUAUGGAAUUCUAUGUUACCUAGAAUAAGUGACACCUGAAGGAGAUUUGGGAGGCCGUUCGACAAAAACCUACUCAAAGGUUUGUGAUGCUGCACAUAUCUAUGAGAUCAAAACUAAGAUCUCAACCACCAAUCAAGGGAGUCGAUCAAUCACAGAGUAUGCCAAUCUCCAGAAGAUCUUGUAGCAAGGGAUGGACCAUUAUCCGUGUAUUCAAAUGAAGGGCAAUGAGGAUGUGACUAUGCUUAAAAGACUAGUAGAAAAAGACUGAAUUUAUGACUCUCACUGGAUUAAACAUAAAGUUUGAUCUAGGUUGAGUUCAAGUAUUGGGAAAGGAAGAUCUACCUUCACUAAAAGAGACUAUUGCUAUAAUCUGAGUAGAGGGAGGAAGGAGAGGAGUUAUGGUUUUGUCCUUGUCAACAGAAAGCUCGACCAUGGUCUCAAAAGGCAUGAAGAAUUCUAAUCCUGAUCAACAACAGUUUGGUGGAAGCAAUGAGCAAUCGGAUUUCUCUAAAAGCAUAAAAGCGAAAAUAAAGAUACCUUGUGGUACACCUACAGCAAAAGGCCUCGCCACAUCAGAGAUUGCUGCUACAAACUUCAUGGAAGGCCACAAACUGUAUCAAUGCCCAACAGACCAGAAUGUGAGAAACAACCAUCAAAGUGGGCAAGGAUGGGCCCAUAUGACGCAUACGCGAUCCAUUGGUGAAGGAAUCCCUCAAGACAAAGAGGAAGAUCAUAAAGAAGGUGUGUUCAAUCAAGAUGAGAAUGGGAAGCUAAAAACAUUGUUGGGAACUCUAGAGAAACCUAUGGGUGCAGAUACUUGUUCAGUAGCACUCUUAGGACAAGGGUAUGGGGAAGAUGAUUGGACUUGCUAGGGAGCAAAAAGGACUUUACUAUCUUGAAGAACUAAGUGGGCAAACUAAUAUGGAGAAUCACUUACCUUUGUCUCUAAUUUUUUAGUAUGCCAUUUCCAAUAAGAAUAAAGUUUGGCUUCAUCAUCAUCAUCUUGGUCAUCCUUUCUUUAGCGUUCUUAAGUUUAUGUUCCAUUGUUAUUCAAAGCAAUUGAUGUUGAAAAUUUUCACUCUGA